AUGGGGCCCAGAAUCGAGCCUUGGGGAACCCCACAGGUAAGAGGGGCUUUGGCAGAGGAGAAGGCACCCAACUGCACUGAGAAGCUAAGGUCUGUCAGGGAUCUACGUGGAAACAACCUGAUUUGUGACUGCAAGCUCAAGUGGUUGGUGGAGUGGAUUCACCAGACUAACGCCACCCUGGACCAGAUCUACUGCAGCGGCCCACCCAUUUACCAGGGGAAGAAGAUCAAUGACCUGCUGCCACACUCUUUUGACUGCAUGACAGCAGAGUUUGCCUCCUAUCAGUCCCUGAAGUUUGAGUCCAUUUCGGUGGGGGCCUUCACCUUUGGUGACGAUCAGUAUGUUGUGUUUGCCCAACCGUUUGCUGGGACAUGCAGCUUCCUGGAAUGGGAUCAUGUUGAGAUGACCUUCAGGACUUACGACACCAUCGAAAGCACCUCCACUGUGGUUUGCAAGCCUAUGGUGAUUGAUGACCACCUCUUUGUCAUCGUGGCCCAGCUGUUUGGGGGCUCACACAUUUACAAACGGGACCCAUCCGCCAACAAGUUCAUUAAGAUCCAGGACAUUGACAUCCUGAAGAUUCGCAAACCGAACGACAUCGAGACGUUCAUGAUCGACGGAGAGUCUUUCUUUGUUAUCGCGGACAGCUCUAAGGCUGGCUCCACAACAGUAUACAAAUGGAACGGCAAUGGCUUCUACUCCCACCAGUCGCUCCACCCGUGGUUCCGGGACACAGAUGUAGAGCAUUUGGAGAUCGGAAACAAACCCCACCUGAUCUUGUCGAGCAGCUCCCAAAGGCCUGUCGUCUAUCAGUGGCACAGGAGCCAGAAACUGUUUGAACGCAGGACUGACAUACCGGAUAUGGAGGACGUUUUUUCCGUCAAACACUUCAAGGUCAAAGGUGAGCUGUUUAUAUGCUUGACAAGAUUCAUCGGGGACUCCAAGGUGAUGCGCUGGGACGGUGCCAUGUUCAAGGAGGUCCAGACAUUUCCUUCCCGCGGCUCUAUGGUGUUCCAGCCUGUCUCCAUCGGCAACUGGCAGUAUGCCAUCUUGGGCAGCGAUUAUUCACUGACGCAGGUCUACCAAUGGGACACCGAGAGGGGCCAGUUUGUCCCAUCCCAGGAGCUCAAUAUCCAGGCGCCUCGAGCAUUUUCUAUGGUUUCCAUUGACAACCGAGUGUUCCUGCUCGCAUCAAGCUUCAAGGGGAAAACUCAGAUCUACGAGCACCUCAUGAUCGAUUUGAGUAAUUAAACAUUAAAGAUCUAAUUUGGGACAAUUUAUGUUACACUACAAUUUAAAUGAUUUUCUUCCAUGAUUAGGUUCUUUCAGUCUCCUUCAAAUCCACCAGCAAUUUCCCACCCAGUUUAAACAUUAGGACGUUUUAAGCAAAAGCUUUCUAAUCACAACUAUUUAAAGAGGUUUGUAAAGAAACUGUUCAGGACCCCUAGGAAGAGAUGAAUUGCUCGAAAUUCUUAAAAUUGUUAUGAUCAUGGAGUUUCUUUUGAUAGGUCUGACAUUUAAAAUAUAUUUUACUCAGUCCCUUAUGCCUGUGUUUGGCAACCUGCUGGUUCUGCGUCAUUUUGAUAAUCUUCUUCUUUUUUAUCAUCUUGAUUUCUCACUAUUUGGAAAAUUGCCUUACCAUUUGAAAAAACAAAAUUCCACUCAAAGCGCGAAGUGACUAUCUUUCAGGAAACACAAGCUAUGAAAUGAUCGCUUUUGUCUUUUAUUCAACACUGCAGGUGAAAUUUUUUGUAAAGUUUUUUUAACACACAGUAUACAUUUUUCUCUCUAUUGUUAGUAAUAGGUAUGAUUUAGGAGUUUGGUAGUGCUAAAGACUGAAUAAUAGGAAGUAGGGGAGUCAUUUUGAGAGAGAGAGUUUCAGAUUGAAGUGUACAGUUAUGCCUAAAAACUACAUACAUAAUAGAGAUUUUUUUCUUAAUUUAAGUCUUCUUUCAUUUAACAAAGCAUUUCAGGAAAAUGUACUUCAAAGUAAAAUGUCAUUACAUAAGAUUAUUCACAAUGGAAGGUAAGCUCCUGAAAUAUGUGGACAAAGUAUGCAAGCAGUGGGUCAUUUGAAUCAUGUGACGAAUCAUGUGACAAAUGAUGGUUUGCUAUAUACCUUGUAGAAGACGGACAAUCUCACAAAUAUAAAAUAAUCAAAUAGGACCAUAUCCCAAGUGUUAUGGUCACGUAACAGCAGCAGCAGAGUAGUAAGCAGUCAGCAAGUCAGGGGCAGCGUGUCACCGUUAGAACUAAGCUUAAAAAUAAUACAAGCUUACAACCAAACAAGGGUAAAAUGUGGACGGAUAUAAAUUUCUUCAAACGCAAUUUAGCAGCUAGUCAACCUAUAUUCCACCAGUCUUUUUUAAUCACUAGUGGUGGACGAAGUGCUCGUAUGUUGGUACAAAUACAAAAAUGUACUUAAAUUACAAAAAAUAAACAUUUCAGACUAAUAUAUUUUUCACUUAUCACUAAAGGAGGAGCUGAUUUUAUUUUUGUACUAUAUACUGCUGGAUUGAUUGUGAAUUUAACCAAGGAUUCAAUAUACUUUUAUCUUCAUUUGUAAUAUCAUAUGAUAAAGUAUUUGUUGAUAGCACUUUUUCAUAUUCAACUAAAUCUUCAAAGUAAUUAAAGUCAUCAAAUAGUAACUGUCCACCACUGGUAAUUACCUACAACUUAGAGAAGUGACCCUAAUAUAUGCGAUGAAGAAUUCACUAAACACUGUGAGAGAAACACCUUCUGUCCUGUCUUCUGUAUGACCAUCAGUUAAGCAAGACUGCAUGUAUGACACCAACACUCAUAGUCUUUAUUCCUGAUGAAUAACUUGCUAGAAGCGUCCCACUGUGUCACCCGUACCCGACUCUUUCACUGCACUCUUGCCCCUUUUCUCCCUCAUUGACAAAAUCCAUUGUUGUCUUUACUCCCCAUCUAAAAAGCCAACCACUGUGCAGCACCUGGUACCUGUGCUUUUCACACGGUCCUCUUAUUCUGACACAAUGGAAAAAGAUAACAACUAACAACGUCACUGAUUUGCCAAAUAUAAUGUUUACGUUUUUACAGUACUGUGUAAAGUAAUUUAUAUGAUAUAGCUUUUUUGUAUGUAGAGGGACCACACUUAAUCUUUUAUUUUUCUUAGAUAUAGAAUAUAAUGUAGACGAGGAUCACCUCCUUCCUGCAAAAAUGUGUAGUCUAAUCUAGUUAGGAUAGAGGAUGUUAGCUAUUCCUUCGUCAUCUUGCUCAUUGUAUUUUAUGUACCGUGGUAAUAAAAUACUAAAAUGUUGAAUCAGA